AUUUCAUCCUCUCCGAGCUGCCGCUUUGCGCUAUCUUUUCUCCUUCGAUAAGAAAAGGUACGGUAGGACAUGACUGGCAUCGUACAGGCGGCGCCACAAAUUUAACGCUCGGCGAGAAGACCGACGGCGACCGAGAAGAAUGUUUAGCCUAUUCGCGUCUCAGCGAUAAGCGUGGGGGCGUUGCAACCAAUCAAGCUGUUCAGUUCCCUUCCUUUCCACUCCUCCUCCUUGUCAGCUUGACGGUCGUCUCAACGAUGCCGCCCAUUAGCAAGAGCUCGUCAAUCAUUGUCGUGGGAGGAGCAGGAACAUUUGGAUCGAGCACGGCGCUUCACCUCGCGCGGAGAGGCUAUACCAAUGUGACCGCCAUUGACAAGUUCCCACCGCCGAGCCAAGUAAGCGCCGGCAAUGACCUCAACAAGAUCAUUCGAACAGAGUACUCGGAAAAAAUCUACUCGGACCUCGCGCUGGAAGCCGUCGAGUCAUGGAAGGCCGACCCGGUCUUCUCACCACACUUCCACCAGACGGGCUGGAUUGUGGCCUGCUCAGAUCGAAAUUCGCGGACUGCUCGCGAGCUCAUAUUUGAUCCGUAUGAACAUAUGCAGACCAAUGAGAAGCUGGCGCCUCAUCUGUCGCUGCUGGCAGAUUCUGAUGCCAUUUUUCAACAAGCACCUCAGCUCAAGAAGCUCGGUGGCAAGCUCGAAGACUGGUUCGGGCUGUGGAAUGGCGUCAAUGGGUGGGCUAUGGCAAAAGAUGCAGUCGAAGCGGCGGCAAAGGAGGCUCAAAGGCUCGGUGUACGCUACGUCUGCGGAAAGGAGGGAGCCGUGGUGGAGGUAAAGUUGGGUCCAGACGGUGCAGCAACGCUUGUCACAGCAGAUGGGAGGCUUUGGACAGCAGACCACAUCAUCCUCUGUACAGGGGCUUGGAGCCCUGGACUCGUCGAUUUGCAAGGGCAGUGCUUCUCCAAGUGCUGGACCGUCGGUCAUCUGCAGCUUACUCCCGAAGAAGCACAUGAGCUCAAAGGCCUGCCCGUCAUUGACCAUUCCGAUCACGGCUUCUUCUUUGAGCCGUCACUGGACACACACCAGAUCAAAAUCUGCAAUGCCAUGCCGGGCUAUCAAAAUGCUGUAGGCGACAAGGACGGCCUCUCGCUUCCCUCCGAAACCAAAUUUGCACUGCCUGACGAAGCCAUCAAAGCCUUGUCGAGCUUUAUUGAAGAGGUCCUGCCUCGCUUCAAAGAUCGACCGGUGGUCGAUCCUAUGAUCUGCUGGUGUGCGGACCACAACGAUGGGAAUUGGCUCAUCGAUUUCCAUCCUCAAGCUCAUGCGAACUCGCUCCUGCUCGCAACGGGAGAUUCGGGCAUGGCUUUCAAAUUCCUCCCAACGAUUGGAAAGUAUAUCGUCGAUCGACUCGAGGGACAAGCCAAGGAAAUUUGGCGGUGGAGGCCAGAAGCUACGCCCAAGGCCGACAGUUCAAGACCAGAGGGCCGGGUAAAGGAUCUCAAAGAGCUCGAUGGUUGGCCAGAGCGACAGAAAUUGUGAAAUGGAU